UGAGCCACUGGUUCCGCCCAGGCCCCGCCCACUGGCCGCAGGUUCCACCGGCCGGAAACUGCCUGGGGCGGCCCCAGGCUCCUCUCACUCUGCUCGAGUUCUGGCGCCAGCUGCUGCGCACUGGCGGAUUCCUUGGUGGGUCCUGUCUUUGAGCCCCAGGCCGGGGCUAUGGAGGGGGACGUCGCCGCCGCCACCCUCUACCAGCCAGCCAGCCCCCCGCGGGACGCCUGUGUCUACAGCAGCUGCUACUGUGAGGAAAAUAUUUGGAAACUCUGUGAAUACAUCAAAAACCACAACCAGUAUCCUUUGGAAGAGUGUUAUGCUGUCUUCAUAUCAAAUGAGAGGAAGAUGAUACCUAUCUGGAAACAGCAGGCGAGACCUGGAAAUGGACCCGUGAUCUGGGAUUACCAUGUUGUUUUGCUUCAUGUGUCAAGUGGAGGACAGAGCUUCAUUUAUGAUCUUGAUACUGUCUUGCCAUUUCCCUGCCCCUUUGACACUUACGUAGAAGAGGCCUUUAAGUCUGACGAUGACAUUCAUCCACAGUUUAGGAGGAAAUUUAGAGUGAUCCGUGCAGAUUCCUACCUGAAGAACUUUGCUUCCGACCGAUCUCACAUGAAAGACUCCAGUGGGAACUGGAGAGAGCCUCCUCCACCCUACCCCUGUAUUGAAACUGGAGACUCCAAAAUGAACUUGAAUGAUUUCAUAAGCAUGGAUCCUGAAGUAGGAUGGGGCGCUGUCUACACGCUGUCUGAAUUUGUACAUCGGUUUAGCAGUAACUACUGAAUUUGACAUCAGGAUGUGGAACUGUGCAGAAAUUCUAGGACAUGGACAAGCCAUUCUUUCAUUUAGGACAGCAAACAUUAUGGUACAGUUGGCUUGGAGUUACAUUUUUCUUUUGAUUCUAUUGAGGGGAAACAUGAGUGAGCACAAAUAUCUGUGAACUGAAUAAAACCUUUUUUGGGUUCGGGCUGUAGCUCAGUGGUAGAAUGUGUGCUUAGCAUAUGUGAGACUUUGGGUCCCAUCCCCAGGAACUCAGAAAUAUAAAAUAAAAUGUAGUCUUUUUUUUUUUUUUUUUUUUUUUAAAUUUAUUUAUUUUUUUAGUUUUCGGCGGACACAACAUCUUUGUUUGUAUGUGGUGCUGAGGAUCGAACCCCGGCCGCACGCAUGCCAGGCGAGCGCACUACCGCUUGAGCCACAUCCCCAGCCCAAAUGUAGUCUUUUUUAACAAAAUGUCAAGUUGAAACUUGAUGUAGCACGUAAUUGCUAGGUUAUUCCUGUGGCUUAUUUGCUAAAACAUGUGAUGACUUAUGUGGGUGAUAGCUCUUGUUAAGAUAGAGGUGUGGACUGGAGCCAGCUCCGUUUGUCUGAUCUGGGUGUUUCCUGUCUCUCUGGCUACACUAAGCUUCUUGUGGGCAGGGCCAUGCCUGUGGCUGUGGAAAUCUCUGAUGCCCAUAGAAGGUGCCCAUAAAAUACUUCUAGAGACGGUGCUGCUGCCUGGGAAGGGAUAAUACUGUGAGCUGAAUCAGCAGUAAGUAUUAGUCUUUUUGGACUAUGAUGUUGUUAGAAAGGUUGAAGUUCUCUUAGUCUGAGUGAUAUUUGGCCUAUUUGUAAAUUGUUUUAAAUAAAAUAGAUUUAAAACUAGUUUUAUUUUGAAGAUUUUGUGUUGCUCUUGGUGAUCCAAAACACCUAAGAAUGUCUUAAUCAUUGAUGAGAACCAUUGCUUUAAAACACAUUGAUCAUGUCUGCCUUUUUGAAGAUGCCUUGGAAAUGUGGCUUUAAUUGUAAAAUUCCAAAUAAAAGGUAUUUAUAAUUACA